GGCCGCUUCCGGAAGUGACGCGAAUUCACCUGCAGAGCUGGGGUGGGGAGGAGGGGCGGAGGGUGCAGAGGUGUCGCCGCUGCCGGGAGCCAGUCGGGAGCGCGCGAGGCCCGGGGAGCCUGGGACCCGGAGCGAGAGCUGCCUACCUGCAGCCGCCGCCCACCGACGGCAGCCACCAUGGCGCUCCUGCUGCGCUUCGUGCUCCUGUGCGGAGUCGCGGAUUUCACCAGAAGUUUGAGUAUCACUACUCCUGAACAGAUGAUUGAAAAAGCCAGAGGGGAAACUGCCUAUCUACCAUGCAAAUUUACGCUUAGUCCUGAAGACCAGGGACCACUGGACAUUGAGUGGCUGAUAUCACCAGCUGAUAAUCAGGUGGUGGAUCAAGUGAUUAUUUUAUAUUCUGGAGACAAAAUGUAUGACGACUACUAUCCAGAUCUGAAAGGACGAGUGCAUUUUACGAGUAAUGAUCUCAAAUCUGGUGAUGCAUCAAUAAAUGUAACGAAUUUACAGCUCUCAGAUAUUGGCACAUAUCAGUGCAAAGUGAAAAAAGCUCCUGGUGUUGCAAAUAAGAAGUUUCAGCUGGUAGUUCUUGUUAAGCCUUCAGGUACAAGAUGUUACGUUGAUGGAUCGGAAGAAAUUGGAAAUGACUUUAAACUAAAAUGUGAACCAAAAGAAGGUUCACUUCCAUUACAAUAUGAAUGGCAAAAAUUGUCUGACUCACAGAAAUUGCCCACUUCAUGGUUAUCAGAAAUGACUUCAUCUAUUAUAUCUGUAAAAAAUGCCUCUUCUGAGUACUCUGGGACAUAUAGCUGUACAGUCAAAAACAGAGUGGGCUCUGAUCAGUGCCUGUUGCGUUUAAACGUUGUUCCUCCUUCAAAUAAAGCUGGACUCAUUGCAGGAGCCAUUAUAGGAAUUUUGCUUGCUCUAGUGCUCAUUGGUCUUAUCAUCUUUUGCUGUCGUAAAAAGCGCAGAGAAGAAAAAUAUGAAAAGGAAGUUCAUCAUGAUAUCAGGGAAGAUGUGCCGCCUCCAAAGAGCCGUACGUCCACUGCCAGAAGCUAUAUAGGCAGUAAUCAUUCAUCCCUGGGAUCCAUGUCUCCUUCCAACAUGGAAGGAUAUUCCAAGACUCAGUAUAACCAAGUACCAAGUGAAGACUUUGAACGCACUCCUCAGAGUCCGACUCUCCCACCUGCUAAGGUAGCUGCCCCUAAUCUAAGUCGAAUGGGAGCGGUUCCUGUGAUGAUUCCAGCACAGAGCAAGGAUGGGUCUAUAGUAUAGAGCCUCCAUAUGUCUCAUCUGUGCUAUCCAUGUUUGUUUCCUUUUUUUUUUUUUUUUGAUAUAUGAGAACCUUUUCUGGUCUAAAUUUUGUUACUGGCCUCAAAAUAUAUCAAAAAACAGGAACUGUAAGAAAUAUAUUUUAAAAAAAUUUUCUUUGGUUAUAUUGAAAUAGUUACAGGCAUUAAAGUUAGUAAAGACGAGUUUACCAUCUGAAAAAGCUGGAUUUUCUUUAAGAGGUUAAUUUUAAAGGUUUCUGAAUAUCAGUACCUAAGUAAGAUGUAGCACUUUGAUUAUGAAAUCAUAGGUGAAGAAAUUGGUUAACUUACUUGCAUAUCAAGUUGAUACUUGAAUAGCCAUCUGAAAGUGGUACUUUAUAAUUUUUACCAUUAUGUUUAGGAUGUGUAUCUCAUUUAUUUAUGGCCCAGCAGUCUCCCCCAGAUUAGUAAGGAAACAUCCAUAACAAAAUUACUUGUGUAUGUUUGUGCUUGUUUUUAUACUUCCUUUGAAAACUCUAAAUAUGUUUGGAAUAAAACACAGAAAACACUACAGUGGUUUAGAAAUUACUAGUUUUACUUUUAAGUCAUUCAUAAACCUUGUCUAUGAAAUGAUUCCUUAAAUAUUUAGUUGAUAGACUGCUACAGGCAAUAGGGACUUAGCAAGCUCUUUUAUAUGCUAAAGGAGCAUCUAUCAGAUUGAGUUGGAUGGAACAUUUGCUGUCAGCCCCAUAGGAGAUGACACUAGGUGCAAUAGCAGGGAUAGAUUUUGUUGGUGAGUGAUCCCAUGCCUUCAGAUCUGUGGUGGUCUUCAAAAUGGUGGCCACCCAGAUCGAAGAUGUAGUAUUUCAUAGUUCCCAACUAAAUAACUGGCUUUCCACUUUAGGCGAUAUUUUUCUUAUUAGAAAAAUAUUAUAAUUCAUUUAUCAUUUGAUAAUUAUAGAUUGAAAUUUCCUAAUUUAUUCUAAAUUUUAAGUGGUUCUUCGGUUUCAGUGCUUUACGUUGUUCGUUGUUGUUUUUGGAUGGUGUUACAUAUUAUGUGUUCUAGAAACAUGUAAUCCUAAAUUUACUCUCUUGAAUACAAUCCCUGGACGAUAUUUUUAUCAUAAAUGCAGAAUAAUCAAAUACAUUUUAAGCAAGUAAGCGUCCUCCAUCAAUUCUGUAUUCCAUUGGGAGGAUGUCCAGUUGCUGUUGUGUGACCAAACAUGUCUUUGUAUAGUUCCAGCAAACCAAGUUGAGCUUCGAAAAAGUUUGAGUCUUAGUUUUGUGAAAGUGAUUUAUUCUUCAAAAAAAAAAAAAAAA